CCACAGAUUUCAUUUUGGAAAGCAGCCAUGGAAAACGCAAAAAAAGCAGAGAGAAUGCGCAGUGACUCUGCGCAACUGCUGGCAGGAGAGAUGCUAAAAUGGCCGUGGUAACAACGGCCAUGAACGAGGCCAACCUCCUGGCGGAAGCAUGCAGCUUUGUCGCAGAACAUCGCUUCUACUUGCGCAAGGCAGUUCAGCACGGAGACUUUUACAAGGCGAUUCGCCACUCUUUGUCGCUGGCCAAUGAGUUACGCUCGUCUCGCCUCGACCCACAAAACUACUACAAGCUGUACUCGAUGGUCUACGUUGAAUUGCAAUACUUGGGCGCAUACUUGCUCGAAACAGAGAGGCAUGGCUUCUCCUUGGAAGAGGUCUUCGAGAUAGUUCAAUACGAGGGCAAUUGUCUUCCUCGUCUCUACUUGCUGGUGACUGUGGGCAUGGCGCGCAUGCUUGCGACCAGCGAGUCGGACGAGAUCCUUCAAGACUUGGAUCGGAUGGUUCGUGCGGUACAGCACCCUGUGCGUGGGCUUUUUCUGCGCUAUUUUCUUCUCCAAGUAGUCAAGGACAAACUUCAAGGACUUCGAAGCGGCAUGAUGGGCGCACUGACAUUUCUGCUCGGCACUUUCAAGGAGGUUGUGAUCCUUUGGCAGCGUCUACGACUUGAGGUCAGAGCCGAUGUCACAUCAAACAGCAAGGCCUGGGAACUCGAUGAGUAUCGCUUCUCCUUGCGUUUGCUCUUAGGUGCUCAUUUAAUGGAGAUUUCACGUCUAGAAGGCCUGACCACCCAGUUGUAUGCCGAGGUUGUGCUGCCCGAGCUGCUGAACUUGGUACCUGCAUGUGAAGAUGCUGCUGGCCAGGCAUACCUGUUGCAACUCAUUGUGGAGGUCUUUGGUGAUGCAUUUCAUUUGCACACCUUGGAGAAAGUCUUAGCCACGUGUGCAGAGGUUCAUUGGUCUGUUGAUUUGAAGCCAUUGACGCAACAUCUUUUGAGUCGCUUGACAAGCUUUCUGGCUGACAUGGGUCGGAUGGGCGAAGAGGUGAAAGGCAAAAGCGCUUUGGACGUGUUUGGACUCUUCCACUCCCACAUGAAGCAGCUUCAUAGCCGGCCUCGCACUGCCGCAACCCCUCUGGACUCAUUGCUGGAAUUGCAGCUGGAGCUUUGCAUGUUCGUGCUGGCAUUGAACACAGGUACAGAGUCCUGCAUGGAACUUCUGCGGAGCACUGUGCAGCUGCUAGAAGCUCCUGGUGUGCCAUGCCCAUUGGAAACCAAGCUGGCCCAGGCAGUGGUGGAUCUUAUGGCUGCUCCACUUACUCAGGAGUCAUUGGCUUCGGUGGUUCUGGCAAUGCCUUACCACAAGUCGCUCUUGGCCAUGAUGUCACAGUCCAUGCAAGCUAGAGGAGCUCUAGCCAUGGUCUCCGCGUUGCUCGCUGGAGAUGUAAGGCUUCAAGACUCAGAGACGGUGCAGAACCUCUUCUUGCUCACCGGUCCGCUUCUGCGUGACAAGACCGGCAAAGAUGAUCCAGGUGAAGACUUGAUGAGGCACUUGGAGCAUGAUCCCUUGGUUUUCCGCACUGAGCAAGAGACGAUGGCGCAGUUGAUCCACCAGGUUCGACAGGAUGAUCCCAAGGUUGUCUUCGAAAUGCUUUCAAUACUCUGGAAGCAUUUCGAGCAGGGCGGGCCACACCGAAUCGUCUUCACCGUCCCUGCCAUGGUCGCUGCUGUGCUGGAAUUGGCCAGAAGAGCCGGAGGCCAUGCGGAAAGGUGGCCGGUCAAGAUCUUUGAUUUCACGCACACCCUUUGCUCCAGUCUUGGAACAUUGGCUCCACGGGAGUCUUUGCGACUCUGGCUACUUUGCUCAGCUUGUGCAGACAAUGCAGCGGCAGCGGAGAAGCAGGAAGCAACGAGAACUGAGUUGGUCCAACGCAUCUCGAGUUCGAUGGACAACGCGCUUCUUUGCCUGGAGCGCAACAUUUCGGAGCAAGAGGCUCGUUUGCGUGGCCUCCAGUUGCUGGUGGGCACUUUGCGGCAGAUGCGCCAGGGCAUGGAGGAAGGUGAUUUGAAGAAGGUCUGCGACCGAGCCGUGGCGCUGGCCAACAAGAUGCUCUCCAAGCGCUUCCAGAGCAUGGCCUUUUGUUUGUGCUGCGAGAUGUUUUGGCUGCCGCGAUUGAACUUUCAGGAUGCAGACCGUGGCCUACUCUGCCUGCGACGAGCACUGCAGAGUGCUGAUGGCGCGAUACACUCAGAUCCACUGGAUGUGGGCUUGUUCGUGGACAUUCUUGACCAGGUCAUCCGAUUGUUUGCAGAAGGCGCAAGCCAGGUCUCGGCUGCAAUUUUAAGCAAGAUCUUGGCCCUGUGCGUCCAGCACAUUCAGUACAUUGGGAAUCGAGUCCCUGUGGAGUCCAUGAGAGCCUUGCGCACCGCCAUUGUUGGGCUGGCUGCCAAGCAGAAUGAGUCGAUGGAGGCAGUGAUGGCUGGGGAUGUGUAUGUUCCUUACUUGGAAGUGGAUCUCCGGCCAGCGGAACAGCUACCUGCCGGGGUCGUUGAGGCGAAGACCUAAAAUCAAACAUCUGAAGCAACAUCAGUUCCUAAAUCAGGGACGGUUUCCAAUGUUGCUCUAUUGUUUAAGAAUACAUAAGAUUCGUGCCAAAGAGUGCCGAACGAGCUGCAAGCUGCAGUUGUGGUUGGGAAAAAGAGCAGCGACGAGAAGACAGAUGCAUCGAAGCAACAGCAACUUUCUGGUAGCUCUCAUACAGUUCCUCCGGUGCAACAACGCAUGUGUUGAUUUGCAGAGACUUUUGCCUCUCAAUUGGAGAUGAGAUCAUAGCUUGAAAGCAUCGG